GGUGGGUACUGCGUAAUGUAUUUUUAGACACUGUAAACUUCCUUCUUACUGUGUACGCACGCUUUUGUGGAGUAUUUCUGGGAAAAAUGUUUAUUAUUCCAAAGGACUGGUAACCGCUGACAGAUAUGCGCAGUUGAUCAAAUCAUAUUCAUGACUGACACCCCACGGGGUGUGUUGAAAGAGAGACGAUAUUCAGUAGCGUCAACACUUUAACGCAUGGAUUAAACACAGUGCUCUACAACCAGUUAAGGGGCGGUUUGGAGUUGUUUUCUGAUUCAUACGACCCGGUAGGGUCGAUAUGGCCGUUAACGGACAGCGUCAAAUCCUGAGGACUACGGUGUUAAAGUACGUCCGUGAUGAUUCGCACCUACUGGGAACUGGGAGCUUCGGUAAUGUGUACGAAGCAAUAGGGCCUGACAAAACACAGUAUGCCGUGAAGGUGUCGGCACUGUCCAACGUCUCGGAUAAGGACGACCAAUGCGUUUUGACAGAAGCUGUCGGACUGUCACGGUUUGCACACAUGCACAUCCUUCAGUACCUUGACUGCUGGGAGGAGAGAGACCGACAGGGGGCGCGGCGAAUGUACCUGAUAAUGGAAUACUGUCAGGGUCGUGACCUCCGGUACUAUCUGGACAACACCCUCAAACAUCCGCCGGAAGAGAAACUGUUUGGGUGUUGGCUAGCGCAGAUAGCUUCCGGUUUAGAGCAUAUACACAGCCAAAAUGUUCUCCACAGGAACCUGAAGACGUCCAAAAUCCUUGUUUGGUGCAACAAGGAACAAGUGGUUCUGAAGAUUGGAGGUUUUGGACUGUCAAAAGGUCUGAAACAUUCCGACGAUGUAGCAAAGUCAAUGGUUGGAACAGCCAACUUCAUGAGUCCGGAGCUGCUUCAAGGUAAAGCGUAUGACAAAAAGGCAGACAUCUGGAGUUUUGGCUGCACGGCUUUUGAGGUAGCAACACUGAAAUCUCCAAAGCCAAAUCUAGUAAACCAUCUCGAUAAGGAUAUCAAAUACAGCGCUUUCUUCAAGGAUAUCAUCAGACAGAUGUUGAACAGUGAUGCUGGCCGUCGUCCAGAUGCUAAUACGAUACUCAACAUUCUUGCACAGGGAAGUUACUUUUCAAAUGUAGCACAGGAUGGAAUGAACUCGUCAGUGUCGACAGCAUCCUCAGAACAAGCAUCUGGGCUUAACUCAAACUGUGAUAAGACCCCUGCUUCUGAGUUCAGAGAUAGGAACAACAGCGACUCCAGUAAGGGCACUGCUGCUAAGCCGCCUGACCAAGUACAACCUAUUGACAUUGCUUUGCAUCACUUUACACUUAUUAGGCAAAACGAACAGGACCACCUGACGAAAAAGACUGUGACAUUUGCAUCUUCCACUGCUUCAUCAGGCAGCGGUUAUGAAACAGAUAUUAGUUCUUUCGGCAUGUCUAGUAGUUCAACCGCAUCGCCGCGAACACUCCACGGUUCCAGCCUCAACGACAGACAUUCUAAGACAAAGAUGGACAAAGCCGCCAACAGGAAUCCUGACACAGUGACUACUGCCGGCACACGCUAUAUUCCUAAUGUAAGGGAAGGAUGCAAUUCCAACUCUGGCAGUGGCUACGAGAGCGACUUCGACACAGACCGGGACAUGUGGAUAAAUGAACAAAUAGUAACACUACAGUCGGACAUAACACGGACCAUCGGAUUUGAAGUACUUGCAACAGUGUACAAAACCUUAAAGAUCAAAGAUGAAACGUUGCUUACUAUAUACCUGCAGGACCAGCUGGGGGAUCACGGAGAAGAGGUGUGUGACAAGAUGAUCAGUCUGUGGCAUUUAGAAAAGGAGAAACAAGGACACUAAGAUAAAAGAUGAUGUUUUAGAACAGUGCAAAGUUGGCA